GCGUCCCCUUGGUGUUGCGGCGCUGUGACGUCCGUGUCUUGCACUAGGAGCGAAGGCAGGGCACGGGUGGCUCGUGCAGGACGCGGUGGACGGGAUGAACAUGCACACGAGAGACCAGUGAGAGACGCGUUGAGCAGAUAUCCGGAGCGUGCAAUUCAGCAACCUCGCUCAACUAAGAGCUCAAGCAAACAAUGACCACCAACUUAGGGAGCAUGAGCUGCUUGCUGAGCAAGAUAUCCUCGAAGCUGAAGUGGGAUGAAUCGAUUCACGAUUUUUGCCAGUUUCGCAGGAAGCUCAAGGAUAGCCUAGGUGUUCUCGACACUGUGUUCUCUCCAGCACGGAACGCUCGAAUAUCGCCAUGAACCCCAUUGUCCCCACAGUUUCGAAGCCGCAGAAGAGUACGCCGAAUCUCUGAGAAACACGCGCGAAUGGGUCUGUGUCCGUCGCAUUCGGAUUGUGGGAGCCAGGAUAAGGUAGAUGAGAGGACGCGGUCGUGUGCGGCACCAAUGGUCAGCGAACUCCCCCCUCGUCUCGAUUUCCCUGGUGCAUUAGGAUCUCGUCUUCCAGCUGUCUUGCGUGACACGGUGAGAACGUCGGAGAAUCACGGCGCUUGCGCAAACUACAGGUGGUACAGACGGGCUGUCUCCUCGGAGGGUGCGAGACGGCCGGCCAAAAGGUCGCAGUGGAUUCACAACGCGUCGCCAGAGAGCGGGGAUGCAGGAUGUCGUUGCUGUUCCAGUGCUACCGCAUUCGAGAUUGGUGACAAUCGUGACGCGGCUUGAUAGCACGUGUUUCUUCCAAUCCACUUCAAUCGCAAGGUUUUUGUGAACAACCGAUCUCAGUUCGAUGCAGACAGGGUCACUCUCAGGAUGGGCGUGCGCUGCAUCCACGGCGAAUUGCUCCCGACCGACGUCAGGAAGAUUGGAGCCCUGGACUGCCUGACAAGACAUGGGAUUGGCGAUGACAGUGCGACGUUGAGAAGAGCUGCGAGAGAUGGGACAAUCACAUUCAAUAGUAUGUGACCGGGUACAACGGACCUAUCUGAAUCUACUCCUUUCAUUUCGAAACUAUGCAUGUCGUUGGAUGUCAACGACCUCCUGGGACCGACACCGUCUAUCUGGUGCUUGAGCCCUGGGAUCCGCAACCGGGCAAUCUUUAUGCCGUCCGAGUUUUCUCGGGCUUCCUUGAGCGCCUAUGUCUAAAUCCGCGGCUCUGGCGCUAGGCGCAGAGUGGCUGUGAGCCGUGGCAUCGUUCCAGUGAGGCAGUGUGGAUGGAGAAACGCUGGGCGGACACGAGGCAAAGUAGUUUCUCUCCUGCCUUUGACCAUGUCGCAAGCUGAGAAACAACAGGCCGGCCAACGAAAGGCAGAAGAAGAGCGUAUCGAGCGCGAGAGGGCCAGCGGAAAUAAACUCUGGAGCGCGUACAUCACCGAGGCGGAGAGCUACGAUAAAGGUCUCAUCGACGGCUGGCGCAGCGAGAUGGAUGGUCUGCUGAUCUUUGCCGGUCUUUUCUCGGGCAUUAUCACGACAUUCAUCAUUGACAGUUACAAGACAUUGAACGCCGAUUCGGGCAGCCAGACCGUCGUACUACUCAGCCAAACGGUCGCACUCCUCGGCCAGAUCUCGCAACAACUUGCGCACAUGAACAACGGGACUGCAAUGACGGAAGCCCUCCCUCCCGCUCCUGCCUUCUCGCCCCCAGUCUCAGCUCUCGUCUGCAAUGUACUCUGGUUCACCAGCCUCGCACUCAGCUUGUCGAGCGCACUCGUCGCGACUCUUGUCAAGCAGUGGGCGCAGGAGUACCAGCACCGGACAUCAAUGUUCUCGUCUCCCUCUGUUCGCGCGCGCGUGUACAUGUAUCUUUACUACGGCUUACGACGCUUCAAUAUGCAUGCCGUUGUCGGCGUUCCCCCGCUUCUGCUGCACGCUUCACUACUCCUGUUCUUUGCGGGUCUCGUUGCCUUUCUCGUGCCCGUCAACGUCAUUAUCACGGGCAUCUCCUCCGCUCUGCUGCUCCUCUUCGUUGUGGUCUAUGCGACGUUCACUGCACAUCCGCUGUUUUUCCUCGACAGUCCGUACCAGACACCACUCACACGGAUCCUCUGGUCGCUGAAUCAGAGCUUGGGACGUGUGCUGAGGGCUUACAUUCAGAGGGUAGCGGAUAUUUGCAGGGCCUUCAUCCGAACCAAAGUCGCUGUGCCCGACCCCGAGAAAGCCGCCGAAUCUCCUGUGACGAGCCCUGGUGUCUCUGACGAGGUUUAUGCACCGGCAGAAUCUUGUCUGCAGUCCCCAAGCAUGAUUGUGGCAGUGAAAUCAGCCGCACUCCAUCCUGCUGUUGAAACGGAGAUCCGGUCUCUCACGUGGACCGUCCGGUCUCUGUCUGAUGACGAUGAUCUCGAGCGAUUGGUCGAGGGGCUCCCCGCACUGUGGGAUUUCGAUCAAAAUCAGCCUCGUCACGUGUAUGAGGCGCAUUUCCGCAGCUUAUUGGGAAACCCGGAAACCCAUGUCUGCCAGCGUCUCGGCGAUUUCAUGGUUGGCUCCACAAGCAAUCUGCUUGAGGACAAAGUCCGCCUCCGCCGCCAGCUCUCUAUACUCCAGGCCAUCUGGGCUAUCUGCGCGUUCUCCCUUCACACGGGGUCACCUCUGCAAAAUCCAAUCGGAGAAGUUGACGUGGACAACGCGUUGCUCAGCUCAAAGUUUCAUGCUUCCCCUCACGUGCAGAGCAUGCUUUCCGCCGUGUGCGCUUUGAUUCGUCUGAACGUCAUCGCGUCUCGGAGCCGGGAGCGGGGCUCCACACAGCCGAGCAACUCUGACGCCGAAACGGAGAGGCAACAGCACGCAGACAUGCAUCGAACAUACAGAGAUUAUCUGAAGGCACUUUCCAAAUGCGCUGCCAGCUUCCAACGGGAUGCGACCAUUUCAUUCAUCAAUCCGCCACAAAUGCGCUUCACAGAAGUGGACGGCUACAAAACUCUGCAUCGGGCUCUCGAUCAGCUGAUCGAAUCUGCGCUGAAGAAGGCAGCAGACGAGACUGCGGAGAAUGUCGUCUUUGCUGCUCGCCAGAUGAUCAGCCAGUUUGCCCAGACAUCAGAUUAUCUGUAUCUGACACUGCCGGGCCUAGGGCCAUUCCUUGUCCGACAUCUGCCCCUCGCCGACUCCGACCCAAAAUUCGACUCAAAGCAUCAUUACACCCGAUUCCUGUGCCACAGUCUAUGCCGGAGCUUGAAGUACCGACUCGAUCGCCAGCCAUCUGUCGACGCCCUCCAGCUGAUUUAUCGGAAUCUGCUUGCGUCUGAUAAGCCACCAAAAGAACUCGAAACCCAUCUGUUGGUCCUGCGCACUCUGCGAACUGAAGCAGCCGACGUCCGCACGUACCGUUUGGCUGUCAUCGUCCAGUUCGUCGUGCUCAAAAGUUGCAAGAAGGAUUUGUCGAAAUGGGAGCAAUUGCUGAGUAUCUUCGACGACGAGGACUGGUUCCGCUCCGUGAUUGGCCUGGACAACGACAAACAGACGGAGCGGCCAUCGGCGCAGCAAGUUUUCGACUGUGCACUUGUUGGUGUUGUAACCACUUUUCUCGAGUGUGCCACCCGCAGUCCGGAUCAAACAGAGCGCGACCUGGACUUUGCGACGCUCAAAUCGGUACCCUACGCAGGCAUGUUCACUUCUUCGGUGAUCCCGACUGAAAUGCAACGUCGAUUCGCCGCCGCCGCCGCUGGAUUUAUCUGCGAAUAUCCGACGGAUUGUCUUGCGGAUUGGGAUGGGAUCUACUGUGUGCUUGACUGGGCCGUUGAUGUGGCCUACGGGUGGGUCAAGAAUUUGGAUGCAUUGGGCGUCCUGGACACGGCUGUGUCGCAGGUGCAGACGGACGAUCAUAAGAAAGAACACCGGGACAACGCUGCGACGAUCCGCGGAUACAUGCAGGAGCGGCUUCUUCUGCCCGAGGGCAUUUUUGCCGCCUCUGUCUGACUCGUGAGUGAUGGGGAAUGAAGGGACCGUUGCAGAGGGCGUCAUUUCCCAUUGAUUUAGCGUGCAAUCCAUGUAUUAUGUACGUUCAACGUGAUCCUCUUCACUGCGCCUGAGCCCGUCGAUCUAGUCUGCGUGCGUACAUGCACAUUUGUCACGGUCACGCAGAUUGGAUCGUUCAGACCGGACCUCACGGGACUCUCUCUGGAAGCAAAUCCAAUAAGAAGCACCAGGAGGGCGGUGUUUUGGUUGGCUUCACUUGCGUCGUCAGUGUAUGCAUCUUUGCGCUGCGAAUUGACAGCUUGUCCUUUUGGCCCGGACGGCUCGAAGGUGCCGUUUGGGAUCACAAAUUCGACCAAUCUCAGACAGCAACACUUGCGACUGCGUCCUCAAACUGGGGAGCAGCCCACAUACACAAUGGUAGACCGGCAGGAAGGUCGGCACAAAGGGGAUCUUCUCGGUACCAUUCGGAUACUAGUUGGAGAUGAC